AACACAUCCUUCUGGGUGGGAGGAGUGAAGCGAGGUGUGGAGGAGUGGUGGUGGGUAGAUGGCACCUACCUUACCCUGGGCAGUUCCUUCUGGUACCCAACCUUUGCUCGCCGACCCAAGGAAGUUCCUGAGGCCAGGAUGUCCCUCCGAGACUCCAUCUUCACCAGAAGAAAAGGAACACAUGCCCCUUCCAUGCUGAGAUCUGCAGGAAGACAUAACAGGAUUCCUGGAAGAAUAGCAGCAUCACGUGUGCAGUCAAACAUAAGUCACAUUCCAGGAAAAUCAAUCUCCCACAUACAAUCAUCUACAGCACCUCAAGCUGGUAAGUUUCACCAAGAAAACACCUCAGGCGCACCUCCAGAAGCUGUGCGGGUCUCUAGCAACUCUGGCCAUCAAGGUACUCGCUGGUGGACCUCUCGUCGCACUCCAAGUAACUACAAAUCUCUGGUCAUACAUCCUAUGAAACAGCAUCCUAUGAAACACCAACACAGACAGACUGUUUACACUUCAGGAGAGAGGGACUCUAAAGGUCAUUGGUCAAGAGAGGCACAAGGUGACAAAAGUUACACUUCUGCAAGAAAACGCAAGUUCCUGAAGAAGUCAUUUAUGAGAGCCAGAAGACGUGAGGAUCAAGAACUACAGACACAAGAGGCACAUAAGUUUGUAGUGGGUGAGGGGCAGCUGGGGGCUGAUGUAGUACCAAAGAGAGCUGUGUGUCUGUGGGCAAGAUUCAGACACUUUUUUGCUUCAUGUUCAGUUACAGAGCGCUUAAAAGCUGUCUGUGAAUACAAAUUCCUCAUAUCCAAAAAUUGAAAUUAUGUGAUGGCUUUAUUUAAAGACAAAGAAAAAUAGUACACACACUGUUGUGGAAAAGUUCUGAGUGCACAAAAAAAAAUGACUUUUACUUACUGUAAUAAGUAUUUACAUAAGUAUUAGUAGUUACUAACAACAGUAUGUUUAUGCAGAUUAAAAAAUACUCCCAAAUAAUAUUGAAUAAAUAAAGCUACAUUAGUUAAGAGAGGAACUUAUGUGACUUAUGUAACUGUAUAUGUGAUUUUCCUAUUGUACAUAGAGAACUAUGAGUAUGUAUUGGGUAUAAAACUAUAACAUGUGAAAUAUAUAUAUAUUUUUUUUUGUUUUUUACAAAAUUUUGGGUAUCAAUUAUUCUAUGUCAAAUCUGUGGAAUUUUUUUUUUACCUCAAUGGCUGUCUUCCACCAAGACAGGUUGACCCAAAGAAGAAAAUAUCCACUAUCAUUCAUUCAAUAGCUGUCUUCCCAGAAGUGUACUGACAUCAUAAUUCAGUUUACCCUUCAACUGCAAUAUCCCCUAUCCUCCUCCAGAGUACAAGCACUGCCCUUCCCACCUCCAGGACUCAAAUCCAGCUAAUGGGCUUCCCUGAAUCCUUUCAUAAAAGUUACCUUGCUCUCAAAUGCCAACAGCACGUCCACUCACUCCUAACAAAUUCACACAAGCCUGCUGGAUGCUCAAGCCCCUAAAACCCAAAGCUGUUCUUGGAAUAACCCCUACCCUUCCUACCUUCUGCCCCAGAUUUUUACACCCUCUUCUCCAACCUAUCCUCAGCCCUCUCGAUUAUAAACUUAGUGAUCUAAAUAUAUUUAAAUAUAAGGACAUUGUGCAGAGAGAUUGAGGAAAGGCAUACACUAACAUAUUACCUGGAGUUUACCUGGAGAGAGUUCCGGGGGUCAACGCCCCCGCGGCCCGGUCUGAGACCAGGCCUCCUGGUGGAUCAGAGCCUGAUCAACCAGGCUGUUGCUGCUGGCUGCACGCAAACCAACAUACGAGCCACAGCCCGGCUGAUCCGGAACUGACUUUAGGUGCUUGUCCAGUGCCAGCUUGAAGACUGCCAGGGGUCUGUUGGUAAUCCCCCUUAUGUGUGCUGGGAGGCAGUUGAACAGUCUCGGGCC